AUGACAAGUAUAGAGAGCAAGAUCGACAGCCAAAAGGCGAAUUUAAAAGAUAUAGAUGAGUAUCUCAAUACACUCAAGCAGAAAAUCACGGAAAAUUAUCUCUUGAAACUACUUGCAUCGCAGGAUCAGUUUAAACAUCAAGGAAAUACUUUAACAAAUGAAACCCUUGACAAAUUAUCACUAGCUCAAUUAAGCCGCAAGAGUCAAACAAUAGAGAACGAAAUUAGCGAGCUACAAAAGUUUCAAGAAAUCACUCAACUUCUUACUGAGAUUGAGUCGAUCAUUACCAGUUACCUGGUCAAUAUAGGUUCCUUGCCUGAUUUUGAACACGUCAGCAAACUAUUCAAGGAGGUAAAGAGCAGGUUGAACUCAAAUUACUUGAUUUGUAGACAAAUAACCAAGAAGGUGGCCAAGCUUUAUCGGCAAUUUUUGGACUUGUUAGAUGAUUUUUUGCUACUACUCGUACCUGAUCAAUUCACUAUUCGCAACUUCUCAACUUUGAAUAAGCUUAAUUCUUUUGUAUUGGAAAAUGAUUACGUAUUGAAUACGUAUGAUAUAUAUCGGGCGCAAUGGGAUGAACUCGUUGAUCGCAUAUUCCAAGAUGAUGUAGAGGUGGUGAUUAUCAAUGAAAAUAACACAAACAAUAAUGAUGAUGCUGCUGCUGCUGCUGCUGCUGCUGAAGAUGCCGAGUUUGUAAUUAGUUUGCAAAAGGGUAACAACUUUAUUGAGAGCUUAACCAAUUUCAUACGGUUCAUAAACAAGGUACAAUAUUCUUCAAUCAAGCACUAUUUAGACUCUAGGAUUGAAAAGCUUUUGACUGAUAAGAUUUUCAAGCUGAUUGAUUCAAUUGUUAACGACCCUAAUAAGAUUCACCAAUUGAAACAGUUGGUGGUACUAUGCAAAAGCACCAACUGGAAUGUUUUGAACAAAAUUGAAGGCCAAGGUAACAUUGAGGAGAAAUUGAAUAAAUUACACCAACAGUGGAUUAUUAAUGAAUUUGUGAUUGCUGUAAAACUGGCCAUGACGUCAGAUGCAAUCAAACAAACAACGCAGAUUCAAAUUGAAGUAGAGGAGGAGAAGAAGGAGGAGGAGAAGGAGGAGGCGGAAGAGAAGGAGGAGGCGGAGAAACUACGGUUACCAAAGGAGGAAAAUGAUGACGGUUGGGAUGAGAAUUGGGACGAAGGUUGGGAUGUUGAGGAGGAUAAUGUUGUAUCUCAGAAAACCAAAGCAAGUCAUUCAACUAACCAGGAGCUUAUAAUAAUAUCACAAGUCCCCGAGAAAAUCAAGCCAAUAUUUGACAAAUUUGGCAAGCAGCUAAAGGAUGUCUCCUACUUAGCCAGCACCAUUAAUGCUCUAGCUCUCGUUCAAUAUCCAAGUCCAAAGCAAUCUUUCCUCAUGUAUAAUGACUUUAUAAAACUAUCCAAUGACUUUUCAAUUGAUUCUUUUGCGCAGUUUGCUACUCAUACAUGGAACCAAGAAAUGAUCAAUUUAUACCUGGAACUAAAGCUGCUUAUGGCCACCAUAAACUUACACCUGGACGAACCAUUGGCAAUGGAGGAGAUACUAGAUGACUAUAAUAUGAAUCAAAUUAGCCUGAUAUACAGCUGGUUUCAAAAUUUAUUUGAAAAAACACAACUACAAAGCACCAACUUGCACAAGUUCCAAUACCUUAUAUGUGAGCUAGUUGAUUUCGUUAAUAACCUGUUCAUUCAAACAAUCAUAGCUAUGGAUGACAUUAGUGAAAACCAAUGCAGUGUAAUAGCAUUGGUGAUUGAAAACUUGAACAAUAUCACAAUCCCAUUUGUCACAUCGCUUGGCAAGACAAGAGACUCAAUUGAAUCUUUCAAUAAGUUGGAUAAUGUCAAGUUCUUGUUAAAGAAUCACCUCAAAGAUAUCAUGGAACGUUUCUAUCAAGGCGAAUUAUUUGACCUUACCACAAAUGAAAUUACCAAGUUAAUUCAAAGCGUGUUUCUACCUAGCGAGUUGAGAGACGGGUAUGUGAACGAGAUCAUCGAUUUCAGAAAGAUCCCUUCAGUUUUACCAAGAACUCUUUCUAUUGCUCCUGAACAACCGGAACAAGACAUUGUAACGUCAAAAUGGUACUUAUGGGACAUGUUUUUUUUUUCUAGAAGAUCGACUUUAAGUAAGCUGAAAGAGGCAAAACUGAAAGAGGACGAAAAUGCUACUCAACACUACCUUUUUAUAUAUAAAGGUUGA